GGACAAGGGGGUGACCACUGAGCGUCAAGUCAGCCCAAGCCAUGGCAGAGAACCAAUGCAUCGCGCCUCAGACAGGCCUCGAAGAGGAUGCGCGAGAAGAAGGACUCGAUCGCCGGUAUUUGGCACAGCACUCUGUCCCCGCUGAUUCCGCAGCUCGUCUGCGCCGCGAAUCGGGUGCACGACAAGGUGAGACGUUUCUGGCGGACUUUCACUAUGGACUUGCCGCUGAAAUCCUGCAAUCAAGGCUGGCACUGCCCAACCGCUGCCACUUCGAAGCGCACAACUCGGGUGGAUCAGUGGCCUGGCAACUCCUCAGCCCACCGGAGCAGCAACUCCUCGCAGCCUCAGCUGCUGCGUUUGGCGUGGGCCGAGCCUUCAGCGCAGACUGCGCUGUGCCGCGAGGCGGCCGCUCGGGGUCCGCUGUGCACCGAGGGCGCAGAGAGCCGUGCGCGAGGCUGCGCCUCGCGCCCUGCGCGUUCCCAGAGUCCAACGAAAGCAAGCAAGGCUGUGCCAGCUUUCCUUUGGCCUUGGCACCAUGCAGACAUGCUUCUCGCACCUGGCGACGCAAAGGCCAGCUGCUUGUUUUCUGGGCUACCAGUUGCUUGGAGUGGGAACUGCUGGACAUCAAGCAUUUGCGCGAGGGGGCCAUCAAACAUUUGCCUGCUGCACCGAGCCAUGUUCUGCAUCAGACCGGCCAGAGAACCUCCGUUGCCCCUGCAGCGCCGCCAGGCCCUGUCACAUCGGGGCCCUGCGCUAGGAUUGGGCAGAUCCCUCGCAGACCCGCAACUUCCCGAGUUCCCGUUGCCCGUGACCCCGCGCUUUGGCAACUUGAGGAUCUUUUGCACGCAGUGUCAAGAGGUCAUCAGCGGUUCUCCUGCCAUUGCCUGGUGUGGAAGCUGCGCAACACAGUCAUUUGCCACCGGGUCUUGGUGCGUGCUGGCCCAAGUGCCGCCAUGAACUCUUGCACGCCUUUUCAAGAGCUCGCUUGGUCCACCGCCCCAUCCAAAGUUGGCCUUGCGAGUUGCCUGCAAAUCUCCCGGCUGUUCGGGCCGCGUGGCAACAAUUCUUUGCAGGACCGGAGUGCCGCCGUGCGCACUUGGAGAUUAGCCGGCUGCUCACUGACCUCCGCUUGCAGUGAAUGCAUUGAUCAGCCGCUCUUGUUCCACAUGCCAGCGCACCAGCGUCCCAAAUCCGCAAGGAGCUUGCAGCCUUGCACGGUGGAUCUCUACGAGUCGCUAGCACCUGGCCCAGCUUUGCGUCCUGGCAUGUCAGGCUGCGCGGCCUUCGCGAGACCCUUUGGCACCGCCCGAAAGUCCCUCCUGACGAUGACGCAGAUCACGGCGGGCCCCCGAGCCUUUUGCAAAGACCGACUUGAAGCUCUUGGGUUGCUUAAGGCUUUUCGGGCGCGGGGUGCUUGUCAUGGUACGAAAGGUGUGCAAAGUGUCGGAAGCAGGAAGGACCUGGAAUUCAUCAGCUUUGCAAUGCUUGUUUUUCGGGACCUGAGGGCGGUGCACAUGGCUUCCUUUGAGAACCUCAGGACGGGUCAGACGCGGAAGUUCACCAGCUGUGCAAUGGCUUCUUUUGAGGACCUCAAGACGGGUCAGCCGCGGAUGUUCAGCAGUCGUGCAAUGGCUUCCUUUGAGAACCUCAGGACGGGUCAGCCUCGGAAGUUCACCAGCUGUGCAAUGGCUUCUUUUGAGGACCUCAAGACGGGUCAGCCGCGGAUGUUCAGCAGUCGUGCAGUGGCUUCCUUUGAGAACCUGAGGGCGGUUCAGCCUCGGAAGUUCACCAGCUGUGCAAUGGCUUCCUUUUGGGACCUUAGAGCGGUUCAGCUGCAGAAGUUCGUCAGCUGUGCAAUGGCUUCUUUUGGGGACCUGAGGGCGGUUCAGCCGCGGAAGUUCAUCAGCCGUGCAAUGGCUUCUUUUGGGGACCUGAGGUCGGUUCAGCCGCGCAAGUUCAUCAGCUGUGCAAUGGCUUCUUUUGGGGACGUGAGGGCGGUUCAGCCGCGAAAGUUUCAGCCGCACAAGUUCAGCAGUCGUGCAAUGGCUUCUCUUGGGGCGGUUCAGCCGCGCAAGUUCAUCAGCUGUACAAUGGAUUCUUGUGACGAUAUCGAUCUAUACCGAGAAGAUCCGUGCAGAGCUUCAGCCAUCAUCCCGUGCGGCCAAGCCUGCUUUCGCUUGAACUUGGUGUGUGUCAGAGGUGCUGAAAAAAACAGCUGUAAGUGCUUGCAAACGCAGCAGCGCCUCCUUGCUUGGAGCGCUUUGCUUGGGUUGCGCGCUGUCCUCAUGCCUCGCAUUCCAUGCUUUCUGCGUGGAAUUGACUUUGCGCCAAAGCCUGACCACACCUCUCCCUUGCCAGACAUAUCAGAUGGGCCGCUGUUCCUGGCCUGUGGCGCCUCGCAUCUUUGGAAGCACCCUCCGCUCAUCGUUAGCUACGCCACUUGUGGACUUGCAGUCAUUCUUCCCGUAGUGUGCAUGCGCCUCAUCGCCGCCUUUUGUGGCAAGAACUCCCCAUUUUGCCGCCUUGUACUCUCUCUCUCCCAGGCCACCGCUUUCCCAACCUCAAGGUCGGCCUGGCGCAGAAAGCUUUGCUGGGACCUGAAGCUGAAGCCGUUUUGCCGGGACCCUGACACGACCCGGCACCGAAUUGCCUCCAGCUUGCAGAGAUGCUUGCUAACACCCGGCGUGGACUUGGCAAGAGCGUUGCAGAGCUGCUUGCGAACAUCUUGUACGGACUUGGCAAGAGCAUUGCCGAGCUGCUUGCUAACACCCGGCGAGGACUUGGCAAGGGCAAAACGAAUCUCGGCGUUGCAGCUGCUUGGUGGCUUUCACUCCCUUCGCAACGGCAAGGAUACUGCAGCUCUUGGCGCUCGUGCGUCCCCUGACGACCAUAAAGAUGCGGCACUUGGAUGGGUGAAAUGCCCAAUCGCAGCGAUUCUUGAUGAGCGGGCAGCGCGAGAAGCGCCAAUGUCGUUGAUGCAGCAGGUGUUUCUGAGGUUGUACAGAACAGACAAGGAAUUCUCCUGCGCGCAAACCUUUAAGAUUUGGCUGCCAGAGCACGUCAACGUCAACGACGCUAAGGACUUUGUGGUCAACUUGCAGCGGCACGACGUUUUCCGCUCCACCUACUUUGAGAACGCAGGGCAGAUGAUGCAGCGGGUGUCAAAGAAUGUCAGCGCAUUCUACCCGAGCGGCUCUGACAAUGUCCAGCUGCAGAGCGUCGCUUGUGCCGAGGAGGCGGAUGACGUAAUUCGACAGCUGCGACAACGUGGCUUCGACCCGUGGAAUCAGCGCCCGCCGCUGAAGGUGAUGAUCCUGCAGAUGGAGGGGAACCCACAGCUACUGCUGGUGCUGCAUGUUGCCCACAUCGCCAUCGACGGGCAGGCAUUUUCCAGCAUCCUGCGCAGCCUGGCGUCGUUUUCUGCAAAACCACCCAACCACGACGAGAGUGGCCAGAAGAUGCAGGUCAGGGGCGUCGAGGAGGACUGGGAGGGCUACACGCGCUUCGUGCAGAUGCAAACGAACUUCCUGAGUAGCGAACCUGGAGCAGAGCUUCUCCAAUACUGGCGGACUUGGGACCCGCGGAGCAAGUGGCUUUGCGAGUUGCGGUGGCCGUCGCAGAGAAAGCCACAGCCGAAGAAGCCGGCCACCACCAGUGACGUGAAGCACUUCACGUUGCACUUCCAGGCCAGUAAGAAAAGGACCGUGGUCCUGGGCUUGUUCGCUCUUGCACUGUGCACGCAGACGGCUGCGGAGUCCAUCGUUGUUGGGCUGCCCUUUCACGGUCGCUUUCGUGGAUAUGCAGAUGUGGUGGGUUGCUGUGCCCACGUUCUUCCAUGCUGGCUCUCACUGCCAAAGCCUUGCACUUUUCCUGAGCUGCUGCUCUUGGUGGGUGAGAGGUGCAAGGAGGUCGAGGCGCAUGGCUGGGUGCCUAUCAGCGAGAUGACUUACAUGGAGGAUGGCGUGCUUCCCUACCACGUGAUGCUGGCAUGGGAACCACCUGGCGGUUGGCAAGCGGAGCAAGCAAAAAGUGGCAUUCGGUGCGACUUCGCCAGAGAGGAUUUGCAAAUCCCGGUGGACAUGAUGCUGUGCGCAUACGUGGAGAAAGAAGUGGUCGUUUGCCGCCUCUAUUUUGCCCGCCACUUGCGCCCAGACGCAGAGGAUCUCGUGCGGCGCAUGCUUCAUCUCAGCGUCUGGGCGGGCGAAGAUGUGGCGGACCUGUGGGCGACGGCUGAAGGUGUUCCUGUCAGGCGACCGCCUCUGGAGCAACCUCUCAUCAAGAGAUCCAGAGCCUUCAAGGAGUGCGGAUUGGAGACCGACUCGCCGCUGCAAGAGACGAGGCAUGGCAACCUUGCUCUACCGGAGGCGCAUCGAGGACAACUUCGUUGCCACCGUGCAGUGGCUGGACCAACGUCACUUCGCAGCCAAGCAGGGCACCCUGCUGACCGCCAUGAUUCGAGGAGGAGCCAGACAGCUGCAGAGGAGGCUUUCGCCCCGGUCGCCCAUCUCCGCGGGACCUUGCGCCACUUCACGUGGAGCGCGGCGGGCGCCUGCGCAGAGCCGGGCUGCCAUAUCUGGCGAGCCCUGAGGUUGGUGCGCCCAGGACUGCUCCCUGCCUUGUGUCCGGAGCCGCGCCUCCGCGCGCCUGGCUCUAAGUCUUUGAAGCGUGACCUCGGGCGGGCCGCGGGCUCGCACCCUCGGCGCCUUGGAAGAUUGCUCGGCUUUGGGACGCUUUGAAAUUCGCUUUGGCGGCAUGUUUCACCUUGCAGUUGCACUCACCCGCCGCAGAGUUGUUUGAGCUGGGCUCUGGAGCGGUAGCACCCGCCCCCUA